GUGUGUAAAUGUAUUGCACGGGAAAAUCGUGGGUGUAUUUUAUUUUUGGGAUGUUUAUCGAAAGGCGAAUCAGUCUACCGGACACACUCGUUUAGUAAAGACGUACAAAAUUAAAUUUAUUAGUUUGGGUGACCACGUGGCAAAAAAUGGACAAUACAGCGGGAGAAAAUGAUCUGUUGAGUAGAAUAGAUGGUCCAGUUUCAAGUAAAUUGUCGGAGUUUGAGAAAACGAUGUCUGAAGCUCAAAAACGUAUCUUAGAAACUCAGCUUGAAAAAUUAAAGCUAAAAUUGGAUACAAGUGACAAUUAUCAGUUUCGAAAGCGGGAAAACGAGGAAAAGUUCAAGCUUAACAAGAAAGUGCUUGGAAGUUUGGCUGAAGCAAGGAACGAGCUCGAAGACUUGGUUUCUAGCGGAUCGACUAAAGCAGAGGCAGCCACACAGAAAGUAAUUGAAGGUAUGGACACUUUAAGGUACCGUCAAAAAAUAAUAAAAUUGGCCGAUUCUAGCGACCUAGGAUGGCGUGUGGUUAAAGAAUAUGAAACGCAUCCACUUGCAGAAGGAUCCGAUGACGAAAAGAAAAUGUAUCGAGCACAGCUGCAGGCGGAUCGAAAGGCCAGACAAGAAAGGCGUUUAAAGUCGAGGCGUUUUACCCCUUACGUUAAUCCAGGAUCGAGGGAUGCGACGGCUACAACGUCUGCUCCAGCUCCAGUUGGCGUUCGGAUUCAGACACUCGGGCGAAAACCAGGGCUUUGUUUCCGGUGCGGGAGGCCGGGUCAUUGGCAGGCAGAUUGCAAGGUCAAGGUUACAGAGGCGAAUGAUUCAAGUGUUAGCCAGUUUGAAGCUCAAGGACACGAUUAUCGACCACGUGAACCAGACAGGGGUAGCGUUAGACAGUUUCGGUGAAUUGCCUGAUAAAAUGGCACACAAAUUGUUGGGUUCACGAAGUGACAAUACAAAUAUUAAGUAUAUUUCAUAAUUCAAGAAGUGGGACAAGUUCAUUUCUGAGAAGGGGGGUAAUUCUUUACCAGCGUCUCCUAUUCACGUCGCAUUAUAUAUUACGGAUUUACUAGAAAAACGUUGUUUUGAUCAUGUGAUUUCAGCAUCUGUGUAUAGUUUGAAAUGGGCGCAUGGCUUAAAAGGACUUCCGGAUCCUACUGAAAACUCGUUCGUAAAGAACUUAUUAGAAAAUGCUAAACGGAACAAUUCUAAACCACCAUCUAAUAAAGAACCUUUGUCUACAAAGACAUUGAUUGACGUUUGCUCUGAAUAUUCAGAAUCUUCAGACAUUUUGGUUGUCAGAGAUUUGUAUAUGAUUUUAUUAGGUUUCGCAGGCUUUUUGAGAUAUGAUGAACUAAGUUCACUCAGGUGUAACGAUAUUGUUUUUCAUGAUGACCAUUUUUGUCUGAAAAUUAGGAAAAGUAAGACUGACCAAUACAGAUUAGGAAAUGAAAUAGUUAUAAGUAAAGGAAUGUCUGUUGCUUGUCCUUAUAAAAUGUUAAGGCGUUAUUUAACUUUGUCCAGUCAGACUAUAUUUGAUAGCAAUUAUUUAUUCAGGCCAUGUUUUAGAUCAAAUUCUACUUGUAAAUUAAUUUACAAAGACAAACCGUUAAGUUACUCAAGGGCUAGGGAAUGUAUUAUAAGUAGAUUGCGUCCAUUUACGGGGGAUUUGAACAUAGGUCUACAUUCACUACGGUCUGGUGGGGCAACCACAGCUGCCAAUACCGGAGUUAAUGAUAGAUGUUGGAAACGUCAUGGUCGGUGGAAGUCCGACAUUAGUAAAGACCGUUAUGUGGCAGAUUCUUUGUCAAGCAGACUUAUGUUGUCUA